UUCUUGUAAACUCGAGACUAUAUACACUAUAGUAUACUCACCGAUUAAUAAACGGUGACCCACACACUUCACCAAACCUCACAUCACCGUAACUAUCUCUUCUUCUUAAUUUAAUUCACUCAAAAAUCUUAUCCUUCUAAUUCUUUCCUACUCUUAUAAAAUAAUAAUAUAUGUAUCCCUCUUUGUCCCCUCCCUCACACAACAAUUCUUCUUUCUAGUUCUAGAUUAUGUACUUAUUUUUUUCCUCGUAAAAAAAAAACAUGAAAUUCUACAACCGGAUGUUGCUCCUACUAAACGAGGAUGUUCCAAUCUCAUCAUCUAUUCCCCCUUCUCCUCAAAUUCAACCCACCACCAUAAACGCAUCCUCACCGUUCAAUUCAAUCACUCCAUCAUCUAAAACAUUUACAAGCCCUUUACAAUUACAAUUACCAUUUCGUCCAAUUCUCUCUUCCAACAUCGCCUACACUUUUCUCCUCGUAUUCUCCACACUUUUCUUCUUCGUCUUCGUCCUCUUGUCGAUCCGUGAAUUCUCAUCCAAUCGCCGCCGUCGCAACCCGCCGUACCGUGGUGCUGAUAUUGCCGUCGUGAAGUCUCUGCCGGUGUGUUCGUACCGGGAGGAUGUUAAGCAACCCGACUGUGUGAUAUGUUUGGAGGAGUUUCGAGAGUGUGAUGUCGUGAAGAUUAUUCCUUCUUGUAGGCACGUGUUUCAUCCUGAAUGUAUUGACACGUGGCUUUCUUUGCACGUGACGUGCCCUAUUUGUAGGUGUGAUAUGGUGUGCGGUGGGGUAGUGGAUGACCCUGCGGGAAGAUCAACGGUGGAGAAUGGAGGAGAUUGAGAAGCUGGGUAGUUAACGGUUGAGAUUAGAAGUAGUACAACAUUGAGCUAUUGGUAUUAAUUUAGCCUCAACAAUCAACUGUUACACAUAAAUUGCCUCUAUAAAAAACUGUUACAUUUAAAUAUUGAGAGCCAACAAGGUCCUAUUUGAGGCUUCCAGCGAUCCUCAAUUUCUAGUUGCCAACUACUAUUUUCAUUCUUUUAUAGUUGAAAUUAGUAAUUAAAGAUUUUGUGUGAGAUUUUGUCAUGUAUCAUUAGUGGAUGAUUUUUAUUUCAUUAGAUACUCUCUAAAAAUAUAAUGUAUAUAUUUUUUUUUUAAA